GAGGAUAAAUAGCAGCUUUGCUUCACUGGCUCCUCUCUGCAGCCUCCCCACCCUCCCAACAAUAUGCAUCUUGCCAAUUUGGUCAGCUCCUGCUCCCUCCUACUGCUACUGGGGGCCCUGCCUGGAUGGGCAGCCAAUGACGACCCCCUUGCGAAGGUCAUUGAAGGAAUCAACCGAGGGCUAAGUACUGCAGAGAGAGAAGUGGGCAAGGCCCUGGAAGGCAUCAAUAACGGAAUCACUCAAGCCGGAAGGGAAGUGGAAAAAGUUUUUAAUGGACUUAGCCACAUGGGGAGCAGUGCCGGCAAGGAGGUGGACAAGGGCAUCAACCACGGCUUGGACAAGGUAGCCCAUGGGAUCAACAAUGGCAUCGGACAAGCAGGAAAGGAAGCAGAGAAGUUUAUCCAUGGGGCCAACAAUGCUGCUGGACAGGUUGGGAAGGAGGCAGACAAAGUGAUUCACGGGGUCCAUCAUGGGGCCAGCCAGGUGGGCAGUGAGGCAGGAAGGUUUGGCCAGGGAACCCACCAUGCCGCUGGGCAGGCUGGGAAUGAGGCAGGAAGGUUUGGCCAGGGGAUCCACCAUGCCGCUGGGCAGGCUGGGAAUGAGGCAGGAAGGUUUGGCCAGGGGAUCCACCAUGCCGCUGGGCAGGCUGGGAAUGAGGCAGAGAAGUUUGGCCAUGGGGUUCACCAUGGAAUAAAUGAGGCCUGGAAGGAGGCAGAGAAGUUUGGUCAGGGGGCCCACCAUGCCGCUGGGCAGGCCGGGAAUGAGGCCGGGAGGUUUGGCCAGGGUGUCCACCAUGCCGCUGGGCAGGCUGGGAAUGAGGCCGGGAGGUUUGGCCAGGGGGUCCAUCAUGCUGCUGGGCAGGCUGGGAAUGAGGCUGGGAGGUUUGGUCAGGGGGCCCACCAUGCCGCUGGGCAGGCUGGGAAUGAGGCAGAGAAGUUUGGCCAGGGGGUUCACCAUGGAAUAAAUGAGGCUGGGAAGGAGGCAGAGAAGUUUGGCCAGGGGGUUCACCAUGGAAUAAAUGAGGCUGGGAAGGAGGCAGAGAAGUUUGGCCAGGGGGUUCACCAUGGAAUAAAUGAGGCUGGGAAGGAGGCAGAGAAGUUUGGCCAGGGGGUUCACCAUGGAAUAAAUGAGGCUGGGAAGGAGGCAGAGAAGUUUGUCCAAGGUGUGCAUCCUGGGGUCAACCAGGCUGGGUCAGGAGUGGAACGGUUUGGCCAGGACGUUCAUUAUGCUGCUGGGCAGGCUGGGAAAGAGGGAGACAAAAUAGUCCAAGGUGUGCAUCCUGGGGUCAACCAGGCUGGGUCAGGAGUGGAACGGUUUGGCCAGGACGUUCAUUAUGCUGCAGGGCAGGCUGGGAAAGAGGGAGACAAAAUAGUCCAAGGUGUGCAUCCUGGGGUCAACCAAGCUGGGAAGGAGGUGGAGCGCUUUGGCCAGGGAGUUCAUCAUGAUGUUGAACAGGCUGGAAAGGAAGCAGACAAAGUGGUCCAAGGGGUCUACGAUGGGGUCAACCAGGCCGGGAAGGAGGCAGAGAAAUUUGGCCAAGGGGUCAACCACGCUGCUGGCCAGGCUGGAAAAGAAGCGGAGAAACUUGGCCAAGGUGUCCACCAUGCUGCUGGCCAGGCCGGAAAAGAGGUGGACAGGUUGCAGCAGAAUGUUCAUAAUGGGGUCGACCAAGCCAGCAAGGAGGCCAACCAGCUGCUGAAUGGCGGUCAUCCAGGCGGAUCCACCAGCCAUCACGGAGGGGGCGCAACCACAACAUUAACAUCUGGAGCUUCAGUCAACAAGCCCUUCAUCAACUUUUCAGCUCUGUGGAGGAGCAUCGCCAACAUCAUUCCCUAAACUGAUGCACUAGACUUGCCAAGCAGACUGGUAGUCCUGUUGUCAUAUCAGCUGAAAUGACCUGGAGGAGCUGGGGGUGGGGGGAGAAUUUCGGGAGUCCCUUAAUGGAACUGUACUGAGAUUUGUGAAUAAAUACAAGACACUGUACUUUCA